AUACAAGUAAUACAAUAAGAGCAAGAAAUACAAUAACUUUUGUUCAAGUAAAGUACAAGUUUGACAAACCACAAUUCAAUAAUACAGCAGGUAAUAGUGAUAGUUACAUCAGGAUAUGAUUAAAUAGUGAUAGUUACAUCAGGAUGUGAGUAAAUACAAAGUACUACAGGUUAAAAACUUGGCAGAUUACAGUAUUCUGAAGUACAGGAUUAAAUGCAGUAAAAUAGGGGCUGAUAAGAGCAAAAUAAAGCACAUUUACAUGAAGGGUGAUAGUGUCCCAGGAUACAAACAGAGGAGUUCUACAGGUGCUCUUUGAAGAGGUGAGUCUUAAGGAGGCGCCGGAAUGUGGUCAGGGACUGGGCAGUCCUGUUUAUUGUGAUUUCUUCAACUUGUUAUUCAAACAGGAGAUAAGUUGCUAUUGUGGUUACUGUCUUGUCGCUGACAGAAAACACUAUUCUUGAUUUUUGUUUUAAACUUUAUUUGCUAUACUACGUUUAAAUAGAUAGAUUGAACGUGUAGGAUAGCGAGGAUGCAGACUUUCAAAGGGCAUGUGCUGUACUUGAAAAGAGAUUUUCUUUCACCAAGCAAUUAAAUUAUACUUGAAUGGUUGAUUCUAGUACCUGAGACAUUACAUUAUGCAGUCUCUUAGCAACUACAGGCAAAGCAUAAAGGGAACAACACAGUUUGAAACACAAAUAACCAUAACAAAAAGAAAAAAGGCCUUUUGUUAUUUGUUUAUUGUCAUUUUCAAUCGACACUCUUACCACACCCCAUUGACUGAAAGUAUAUGCCUUGCCUAUACCAGGAAAAGCUAAUGAAGCAAGUUAUACAAAAGCAUUGGAGAAGUUUAUUGGAAAUAUGGUACUUGUGAAAGAAAAACCCAGUACAGUGUUUACCUUUCAGGCAGCUUCUCUACAGUCUCCAUGUGGAGCAGUUUGCUUGAGAAAGAUAUAUGUGGAUGUGAGAUAGUUGAGAAUGGGUCAGAUAGAUAGACUCAGCCUACAUAAACCACCAGAUUAUUAUACACUCAAUCACUUGCUAAAUAACAAUAACUUGCUCCUUGUGUUGAAGGAUUUGUUUAUACACCUCGCAGCUUUUAAAUGUAAUGGGUGGCUGAAGAAAAAUGUCACUGCAGUAUUUCAUAAGCACAGCAUAGAUUGAAGCCCCGUUUCACCCCAGGGCACACAUUUCAUGUUAAUAUUGGGAGCGUCUAUCCAAACACACCUGUAUAACAAACAGGUAUAAGGAAACUAAAUAAUGUAUAUAUUUGUGUGUCAAGAAGUGCACACAACCAGGAUUUAAACAGAAUGUAUUGAUUCUAAUAAUAAAAAAUGACACACAUAUUGCCUAAACAUUAUCAUUAGACACAUUAAUGUAGCACCUAUUUAUAAAGAGAAAUUAAUAAUUGAUCACCUAAUCUUCUGGAAGAAGCACUGGGCACUCUUUGGUCACGUCUUCAGGAGAUGACUCAGGUAUGUUUCUUAAAAGCACCUCCAGGUGUUGCUGUUUUAUACAGUUUCUACACUCCUUGCAUGCAAAGUUUAGUUACUGGCUUAUCUCUGGGUGAGGAACAUUUUUACCAUACAUUUCUUGCUUGUACCAGGUCAGGUCGAGGACAGUUCUGCUCACCCCCUGCUAUCAGCACACACUGCCAACAUAACAGCAGCACAGCUCUCAGUCAUAGUUUGGUAAUUGGAAUCUUUUCAUUAACUGUUUCCUCACACAGGGAUUUAAAAAAAAAAAAAUGAAUCAUGUUAGUCAGAUGAUCUGAACAGCUACUGGAAAGAAGGGUUUCCCAACGGAUAUUACAGGUUUCCUUCUUUGCAGAUCUUCCCUUGUGAAAAGCACAACCUUGUUUGCGUAACUCUUACAAGUUCGUGAGUGUUUCUCUUUUCUGGCUGAGUGUCAAAGCUGUUACUUGUUUUUCUGGACUGUGUUUCAAUUGGCGACGGAUCUCAGCUCUAAUGGUCAUUUUCAAAAGUGAAAGCUAAUGGAAAAUCUAACAAUGGCGGUUAAUGACAGCGUGUGUACUGUGGACUCCGAGUUCAGAUACACCCUCUUCACAGUAUUCUACAGCCUGGUCUUCAUUGUGGGGCUGGUGGCCAACUGCUACGUGCUCUGGUUAUUCACCCAUGUGUAUAAAAUGAAGAGAAUGAGCGCAAUCAAGAUCUAUAUGAUCAACCUGACUGUAGCUGACCUUCUCUUCAUUAUGACUCUACCACUGUGGAUUAUCUAUUACAACCAGAACGGGGACUGGACCCUAAACCCGUUCCUCUGCAAUCUAUCUGGCUCCCUCUUCUUCGUCAACACCUACUGCUCCAUAGCCUUCUUAGCAGUGAUCAGCUUCAACCGUUACCAGGCUGUGACCAAACCCCUGGAGACUGCUCAAUCAAGCCUGCGGAGGUGUGGGGUGAUGAUCUCAGUGGUCAUCUGGGUCAUCAUUGGGGCUAGUGCAAGCCCAUAUCUCUUCAUGGAUGGCCUGAACAAAGUCAAUAACAAGACGCGUUGCUUUGAGGGCUACAAACCCGAAGACACCAACUCCAACCGAGUGGUGGCCAUUACCCAUUUACUCAUUGUUGCCUGCUUCUUCCUGGUUUUCAUCCUCAUCCUUGUGUGCAACCUGCAGAUCAUAAGGACCCUCCGCAUUCAGUCCGUGCAGCCGCGAGUUCCCAAAAACGGGGACGUCAAACAGCGGGCCCUGUGGAUGGUGUGCGCCGUGCUGGGGGUGUUUAUCAUCUGCUUCGUCCCCCACCACUUGAUCGAUGGUCCCUGGACCAUGGCGGUCUUGGGACUCUGGAGGAGAGGGGACUGUGAUCUCCUGCAGACCCUCAACGAUGCCCAUCAGGUCACCCUCUGCCUGGCGGGCCUCAACUGCAUCCUCGACCCCAUCCUCUACUGCUUUGCAACCAAGAAGUUCCGUCGGCAUCUCUCAGGCAAGUUUCAGAUGGUAACGGGCAGAAGAAAGAGUUCCAGGAGCAUUACAGAGACUGGCCUGACAAUGGAGUUAUAGGUCAAUAGACCUCUCUAAAGUGUAGUUCACAGACCAGGAUUAGCCUGUGAUUCAUCGUGGAAUAUCCCCCAGUAUAUGAGGCACCCAGUGAGUAGCCAGGUAUCAUCUCAAAAUGAGUCAUGACAUGGUUUUCAUCCUGAGGGAUCCUUUUACUGAAAAUAAUUUGCUGCAAGUGGGUGUUUAAAAAAAAACGACUUGAAUUUGUAACUCAGUGAAGCCUGCAUUGAAUCUUUAGCAAUGUAUUUUUUUUUGUUUUUGUUUUAACGUGUCUCAAAAUGUUUGGUGUAAAAAAAAAAUGAAUUGAAUGUAAGGUCUUUUUUUAUAUAUAUAUAAAACAUAUUUUGCUCAAAAAUAUAAUUCCUUGAUGGCUUAAUACUGCUGAUGUUGUGAAUAUUGGCUUAAGGUAACGACCUUCUUAAAUAGUAAAUAACUUUAAAUGUAAUUUUUGCCCAUUUUCAAUAGUGCUUGCAAUCAAUCUGUUUUUUUUUUGCUCUAAUUUGCCUACACCUGGCUUCGAGUUGGUGUGGAGAAUCCUAUGUGCUUGUACUGAACAGCCUUCCUCGUUCCAACUCUGCCAGCCGCAUCUACUCCACAUGUGUAUAUAAACACCAGGAUCUGAUCCAACAAGUACAACACAGACUGGACAGUAAAUUGCUUCAUUUACAAAAAGGGGUUAGGGGUCAAGCUAAAGGGAGGCUUCUGAUAAAUACAUUAUCAGAAAGUGGGAGUACAAAAUAAAUUGUUAUGGCAACUUCGAUAAGCAGCUGCGGUUUUCAAAACUUUCACAAGUCAUCAUGCUUUUGAAUCAUUUUUUUUUUAAAUAAGACAAUAUUUCAGCAACAAUAUGCUCUUCAAUUUUACAGCCAACCAGAUCACUUCGUUGUCAUAGGAUAUGUCACGAUACAUUACAGCUUUUGAUUUCAGUAGUGUAUAAAAUGGAAGAAGUUUAAGUUGAAAAAAAAAAAAUUCCAUCACUAUGGCAACUGUGAAAACUAACACAGAAGAGAGCAAAAGGAUAAACAGAACCCAUUUAAGGUAGUUUUCUAUAAAGUAAUUCCUUAAAUGGACAAACAGAAGUGCAGGUCAGAACGUUUAGCUCCUCGUACACUAAUUAUCGGUUAAUGACAAUCUUUUUAGUUCACUAAAAUAUGAAGUCAACUGGUGCAUUAGCAACCUACCAGAACAUGAACACUGUCAACCAAUCAUCUGACUUUCCUGACCCUGGAUGAGGAUAAGGACCAUCAUCCUUAUCCUCAUCAAAGAUACAUGAUUUCUGUAGGCAUAAUUUACACCAUUUCUAUUUGUCCAUUUUAGGAAAUUAAUUUUGUCCCUUUGUGUCUGCAUUAUGGACUCAAGCCUAACCCUGAGGCUAAAUUGUGUUUUUGUUUAUCUAUUCCCGCACACUUUUACCAAAGUCAAUAUUUUUAGGAUUGUGGUUGUUGACCAGUUUCCUUUUUUGGCUGUUUCAGUUCAGCAAAUCUCUUGGGAGUAAUUUCCUGCUGAAGAACAAAUACAGGAUGUUAAUAAAAUUACACUUACAUCAA